AUGUCUUUUAUUAAUGAUCCUGUUCUUAAUAUUAUAGUGGUCGGAUUUCAUCAUAAAAGAGGCUGCCAGGUUGAACACUGUUAUCCUGAGUUGAUACCUGGUAAGCCUUGUGAGUUGCCAGCAGCAUGGCGAUAUUUACCGGCAUUAGCACUGCCAGAUGGAUCACAUAACUAUCUUUCAGAUACAAUAUUUUUUACCCUACCUGGUCUGACAGAGCCUGCUCAUACUGUAUAUGGUAUAUCAUGUUUCCGCCAGAUUCCUGUAGAGCAAGUCAUACAAAAAACAGAAGAUAUGACUCGGAGUUCUGUUCAAAAGAGUGUAUGUGUUAUUUGCCGAGCACCAUUAUUCGGGCGCCUUGCUGUCAAAAUGGAAUUAGUGGUGAGAGCUUGGUUCCUGCAGGGUGAUUUCUCUCAGACAAAGCUACUAGAAGAUGCAUAUAACCACUUAAAUAGUUGUCCUGUGCAAAUUGAUCAAACUUUUGAAGGUUUAUCAGUUCAAAAGUUAGUAGAAGGCUGGAAACAUAAAGCACUGUUACUUUUUAAAUUAUUGUUAUUGCGGCGGAAGGUUCUCAUCUACGGGGCCCCUGCAGGACCAUUGUCUUCUACCUUGUUAACACUAGUGUCAUUAUUACCAAGUUGCUUAGAAAGCGGGCUCUCUCUUGCCGCCAAUGUUACCUUGUCUCGGCCGUUAUCUCCAAUUUCUGUACAAUUAGAGCAUGAAAAUGAGGAUACAAUUGAUUCAUAUAUAACUACAAAUGAAGCUCAUAUAAAUGGUAAUACUCAAUUAGAAGAAGAACUGUCCCCUAAAGAAACGGGGAAUAUGUUGGAAGAGAAGGACAGAAUAAGUCGACAGAGUUUUGAUGAAACAAUUCUGACGGAUGUAGUGGAUCGACAAGAUUUAUCUGUAGUCAGGGAAAAAUGCCAUAGUAUUGGGGAGAAGUACAAAGCAAAGACAGUUUCAGAAGCACAACAAAGCCCCACUAUGGCCAGAGACAUUAGUGUGGAUGGCUUGUAUACUUUAACUGGACAAAUUGACUACACUGAGUGUGGCUUUCCAUUGCCAUUAUUUGAGGAUGGUUAUUUGUGUUUGCCAUAUUUGUCUUUGCAAUAUCUAGAUUUACUAUCUGAUAGUGCUGUACAGGGAUUUGUUGUUGGAGCUUCAAAUGUGCUAUUCAAACAAAAGAGGCAGCUUUUUGAUGUGCUAGUAGAAUUAAAUGAAAUGAGGAUAGAAACAGCUGAUAUGGCAUUGAGACGGCAGCUUACUUUGGGCACAGAAGAUCUGCGUUUUGCCGACCAUGUAGUGCGCCACGCUUCAACGCAAGGUGAUUCAUGGAUACGAGAUCAGUUUGCUAGUUAUUUAAUUUAUCUUUUAAGAACUUCUUUAUUACCAGAGGGCAGCAGAGAGUUUGAUUCUUAUAAUGCUCAAUUUUUAAGUGCGUUUAAAUGUACGCCGGCUUAUCAGAAAUGGCUUAAAUCAACAAAUGAUGCCGAUAUCCAGGCUUUUAUUAACCUUAUGCCUAUGCAUCCGUUCUCUGGUCAGUUGUCAGUAGCUGAUAUGAAAUUGAAAUUUACACAUACCAUGUCGACGACGGAAAGCGGUCGCAAGGUGACGGCGGCGGUGGCGACGACGGGGCGCGCCGUGGCCACCACGUCGCGCGCGGUCGGCGGCGCGCUCACGCAGGCGCGCGGCGCGCUCUCCGGCUGGUGGAGCGCGCUCACCGCGCCCGCCGCCCUUGCCACCGCUGCCAACGCCGCCACCGCUGCCACUGCACCCACCGCUGCCACCGCACCCGCACCACACGAAACAUUACAAGCCUCCGACUCCGAAGAUGUCGCCGAACAACUCGAGGACGACAACAGAAAGGAACCGCCCGCCCCCAACCCUGAACCUCCAGAUAAAUUAAUAGAAGACAGCGCCACGAGCAUUGGUAAAAUACGCGUUAUAUAA